UCAGCUUUUGGAUUGCUUCUUGUAUUCCGAGGAGCGCUUUAUUGUACGCAAAAUGGCGGGUCCUACACCUCUUAAUAAAAAGACCAUUGUGAAAAAGCGAACGAAGAAAUUCGCUCGUCAUCAGUCCGACUUGUUUCUUCGCAUCGCCAACUCUUCAUGGCGCAAACCCAAGGGUAUUGAUGGCCGUGUCCGGCGCCGAUUCAAGGGAUCAAUCCCUAUGCCCUCUAUUGGCUACGGGUCCGACAAACAGACGCGCAAUGUCCACCCACACGGAUUCAAGACUGUCGUGAUCAACAAUGUUUCGGAAUUAGAAAUGUUGAUGAUGCAUAAUCGUACUUAUGCUGCUACGGUGGCCCAUUCUGUUUCCAGCCGUAUCAGACGGGAAAUUGUGGAACGUGCCGAACAGCUUGCCAUCCGUGUAACCAACGCAAACGCCAAGCUGCGGGCGGAGGAAGAUGCUUAAGCAAUUGGUUUCAGCCGUGAGACGCCUUCGGGUCUGGAAUGCCUAAACACUGGAGUGAAAAAUGAUUAUUUUCAGAAACAAGCUAUGUUUAACUUUAGAAUCACGCCUUACUUUCUCGG